UUCAAAGUUGACAUGCCAGAUAUUGAUUUCUCUUGCUCACCCGAGGAAACUGCAAAACCCAAGGAGGGCAAUGCAGAAGAAUCCUCUGUCAGAAAUGGUGAAAAGAAAAAGGAAACCUUUUCCUUCUCCUUUGGUUUUAACGGGUGAGCUAGCUUAAGCUUCUCAAAUGCGUGUUCUGCAGUAAUUUGACCUGAUAUCAUGCCCUGCAUUUUCCUGAGGCGGUUUAUUUUCCACCCUACUCAUAGCUUACCGGAACAUCUUUCUUUUAUUCCGGAUGGAUAACUUUGACUUUGACUCUGGCUUUACAAAGGGAGUAAAGACUCCCAAAAUCGAUUCGAUGACCAAAGAAGUUGCUUCAGUUAAAUUAAAUGAUCAAGGCACUAACAUCCACCUGUUUGGAGAUUUCGCUGUUUAUGAUGAUGAUGGAAAAAAGCUUCCAGCUAAGAUGAGCAUGGAAGCUUCACAAGAGGUUGGUAUUGGCGCUAAACAUACUUCAUUGAGAACCAACUCCUUGGGAUCUGCAGCCUUUCGAGUUAAAGCUCUACAAAAUGAAGAAAGAGCUUGUUUAGAUACGCAAAUGGGUGGCUCUCAUGAGGAAUCUGAUCAACAAGGUGACUUAUUAGAGAAAGGUGUGCAGACAAGAUUGUAUGUACAAAAUGAAGAUACAAUGACCCAGAAGAGUGGUUCGGUGGUUCCAAAAGAAGCCUGUUCUCUCGUUAAAGUACCAGACAGCCAUAUUGGGAAUGACCAAAAUAUCUGUGAUGACAUGGUAAAUGAGGAUAAGCCAUAUCCUGGAAACUUGCAGUCAAUGGACCCAUGUGCAUCAGAUUCUGCUAAAUCGGUGAAUGAUGCUAAGAACCUGCUCGAUAUUGGUGCCUACAGUGAUUGUAUCGGUGGUAGUGAACAUGACCAAGGUCAAUUAGAUAUUGGAGACGCAGCCACCUCGAAUGUUUUGAAGAAAACACUGGGUGAUGCCAAAUUUGAGAAACAGGAUGAAAACUUGGUGAAAAAGCUUGAUUUGGCUACAGUAAAUAGGGAGGCUGCAGCAAAUAAAAUGAUGCCAACCAAUAAAGAGUCUGGGCGUGUAUGCUCAAAGUUUUUCAAGAGAAUAAGAGAUACUGGAAAUCAUUCAGAUGCGGCACCAAGACUUAUCCAGCUAGGAAGCAAAAAAGUUGGUGGCAUAAAUACAAAUUCAGCUGAUGAAAUGAGAGAAGGCUCAUGUAAAGAUACAUGGCUAGAAACCAAACCGGACAAUAAUGUGGCUGGGAUUUCGAGGAUUGGCAGCAGCAGAAAUAAAUCUGGCAGCUCGUCGAAUAGCUCAAGCUCAACAGAGACAUCAGAGACACCGGGUAGUCAAGCUUGUGUGGAUCCUGAACGUACUGGUUUAAGCACUGAAGCUCCUGGAAGCACCAGGAUCAUGAGUCUAGACAAAAAAAAACUUCACUCAAUAAAUGCUACGACAACACGCAACCUUUCUAGCUUGAGCAUUAAGAGGGCCCCUGGAAGUGCUGUAGAACAGCCGGCUUCAAGACCACUAGCAGGAGCCACUUCAACAAAAGCCCCCGAAGAAGUUACACGGUCACAAAGAAAUUCUGGAAAACUAAUAACACUGCCUGGUGGUAAUUCAGAAAAAGAGGAACAACUGACACUUACAUCAUCUCUGAAGCGGAACACAUAUGAGGUUUAUUAUGGAAAGAAUCUCUUUCUUUCUAUUAUCUUGUUUCUACUUUUAUGUAUAUAUCUUUAUGUACCAUACAGAGAAUAAACUUAGUAUAGAAGUAGAUAAUAUUUUCCUUUAUUAUCAGCUAGAAUAGUUGUAUACAUACCUUUUCAGAAUGAAUGCAAAUUCAAGCUUUUCUGCUCAA